AUGGUGGCGGAUGAGAUCAUCGUGCUAGAGUCAGCGGCCUCGAGGCCGGCGCGGCGCGGCGGCCGCGGCCCGGCGCGCGGGCGGGCGCCCGCCGGGCGUCGCCUCUCCGCGGCGGAGCUCCGCGCGCGCGGCGUCGACGAGGACUUCCUGGCGAGGGCGCCGCCGGUGGACGGGGCGCCCGCCGCGCGGGAGGCGGCACUUGGCGGCGGCGCAGGCCUCGCUCGGGGGCCGGCGCCGGGGCAGCGCCCGGGCAGCGGGCAGCAGCGCGAGUGGUCCGCCGGCGAGAUGCGGCGAGAGUACGGCAGGGGCUACGAGCUGCUCGCGAAGAUGGGCUACGCUGGUGGAGGCAUGGUGCCGCUCACGGCCGUGAAGCGGCAGGACCGCGUGGCCCUUCAGGACGACGAGGAGCGCGCGGUGGACCAGAGCUGCGCGCUGGGGAAGCGGCGGCGCAGGGACAGAAGGGCACUGGCUGCCACGACGCUGGCGCCCGACCCAUCCGACGAGCUGGUGGGGCAGCCGCCAGGCCAGGCCAGCAGCAGCGGCACCACAGACGAUGAGAUGCCCAGCGAGCCGCGGCUGCGGCGCGCGAUCCUGACGUCGCUGCGCCAGUGCCCUGGCGGCAGGACGCAGCUGGAGGAGCUCGUGCGCAAGCCGCGGGUCCGCCGGGCCCUGCUGGCGUCUGGCUCCGCGGCCGGCGGCGGCGGCCGCCAGGCCCUGCGCUUCGUGGGGCGGUUCGUCCGCGACAGCGUCCCGUCCUGCCGCAUCGGCAGGUCGCUGCCGGGCUGGAAGGAGCUCUCGGCCGCGGGCUCCGCGCCGGGGUGGGAGCGCGCGGCGCGGCGGGGCGCCGCGGUGGUCUCGCUGCGCUCGGGGCCGGGCGGCGCAGGCGGCGCCCUGGCCGAGGGAGCGGAGAGCGAGGAGGUGGGCUCGUCCAGCAGCUCCGAGGCGUCCGCGGGGCCCGCCGGGGCCGCCUCGACGGCGGCCCAGCGUGGGGCCCUGGCGGCCGCCGCGGCCUGGGAGUGCCACGGCUGCCUGCGCGGGUUCCCCAGUAGGCGGGCGCUCAGCGAGCACGUGCUCCAGCCGGCUCCUCGCGCGCUCGACGCGCGACCCCGUCGACCUGCAGAGCAGCUUCGACCCCGACCACUUCGACCGCGACGCGCUGGAGGCGCUGGCCGGCGCCAUGGUGGCGAGCGGGGGCGCCGCGGAGUCCUGGAGGUGCCCCGCCUGCGGGGGCCGGCAUGCCGGGCUGCUGGAUCUGCUGAGGCACGCGCGGGAAGCGCCGGCGGAGCGCCUGGCACACGGCAGGCUCCUGGAGCUCGUCGGCGAGCUGCUGCUGCGGGAUCCUCCCCCGCAGGCGCUCCCGUGGGCCGGCGGCCGGGGCGGCGGUGGCGGCGCAGGCACCGCGCCGGCGCCCGCCGGCGCCGAGCCCGCGGCGUGGAGGCCCGAGGGGCUGUCGCAGCUGCUGCGGGUGCUCCUGGCGCCCGGCGACGGAGGACCAGACUACCUGGAGGUAGAGAGGCGCUACCUCGGCUCCGUCGACGACGACAUGUUCGGGUGCCCGCCUCCUGAGGCGGCGGCCGCCGCCGACCUCGACGAGG